AUUUCAAAAUAAAUCUGGCAUGCAAAGCCUCCUGUGUGCCACAUACCAGGAAUGGUUUCCUGGACACGUUCUUUAGAAGCUAUUUGGCGUAGGGGACAUCAACGCGCUUGCAGAUGCAGGAAGAAGCGUUUCUAUAUUAAAAAUAUUGUGACAUGGCUGGCGAUCGGUUAGGCGACGAAAUCUACUGGCUGACAUUAGAAUAUGUGACAAGGAACAUGAAAAAGGUGCUAAUUCUUUCAGAAAAGAACACAAAAAUAUCACCUCCUCAAUGGAUUGCAUGUCAAUUACACAUAUCAAGCAUUAAUCUCGCCGCUUCUGAUUGGUCGCUGGAAAACGCUGGACCAAUCAGGUGAAGGGGUUCAUUAGUUCUUGUGACAUCUUACCUUGUACCGACGCAGCUGGAAUAAAACUCAUCAACAAUCGCGAGUUCAACCGAAGAGAGCGUGAGAGAAGAGUAGUAACAGCUAGCGAUAGUAUGGCGUACUAUCCGUUUUACCCGGCAAGGAUGAGAGAUUUUCGCGUCAGUUCUUUGCUCGAGGGAUGUUCUCAAUUUAUUCCUGGAGUGCCAGGAAGCAGUUCAACGAUUCCGAACAAUUUAAAAUCCAAUGGCCCGUUUCCGUAUUCACCGUACCAUCCACCGCAAAUGGCAAAACAACCUUCCCACUUCGGGCCAGGCGCCAUAUCGGGUCCCCCGCAACAAGUCCACAUGCCAGUUCACGAUUCGGAAAAGGAGAGUAUCGAUGUUUCUCUGGAAAACAAGGACCUCUGGCAGAGUUUCUACGAGGAGAAGACAGAAAUGGUUAUCACCAAGGCAGGAAGGCGAAUGUUUCCACCGGUCAAGGCGCGAGUCACCGGAUUAGACCCGCGGGCGAAAUAUUUCUUUCUGAUGGACAUUGUCCCAGCCGAUGAUUGCCGAUACAAGUUCCACAAUUGUCGCUGGAUGGUGGCAGGAAAGGCCGACCCUGAGAUGCCAAAACCACUCUACAUGCACCCGGAUUCACCGAGCACAGGGGCGCAGUGGAUGCAGAAAACCAUUUCAUUUCACAAAAUGAAACUCACCAACAACAUCGCAGAUAAAUAUGGCUAUCUCUUUAUUCAUUCGUUCUUUAUCCCGUUUUUCUUUCAGACAAUUUUGAACUCUAUGCACAAGUACCAGCCACGAAUUCACGUUGUGAGAGCGGACGAUACGUACAAACAUCCUUAUAGCAAUUUUAAGACUUUCACAUUUCCCGAGACGGCUUUCAUUGGAGUGACGGCUUACCAAAAUGAAAAGAUAACCAAGUUAAAAAUCGACAACAACCCUUUUGCGAAGGGUUUCCGCGAACAAGGAGCUGGCCAUCGAAGGCGGUUGGAAAGAAGGUACUACUUUGUCAUGUUCUGUUGUGUCACACCAAUUUGUUUGAAUUUCAUUUUCACUAUCAUCUUAGUGCCACUUUAAUCUGUUUCACUUAAACGCUGACCCCUUGGGUACAACUACUUAAUACCCGAGGCGAAGGCCUCAAAUUUUUGGUACAAAGAAACAUGAAAAAACAACUAUUUUGACACACAAAGCCGCGAACAAGCCACAAUGACUUGUUCUGCGUGCGCGAUUUUCACACUUUCUUUAUCACCUCUUCGUAUUCAUUUUGAAGGCAACGCAGCAACCCAGGGCAUUCCCAACACGACGAAGACGAUGAAAAUAACAGUGAUGAAGACGAAAAUAGCAAAGAACAGGGCGCCGCAGGUUCCUCAAGCGAAAUUCACACCGGUAAGUUUAAUUCGUUUUACGACACCGCCUUCUUUGAAUAGCGAACGCGCUCAAAAGAAAUGUGCCGCAGCGGCCGCGGCAGGGCAACUUCUGCGGCUUUCAAACACUCCACUUUUCCAGCGGAAUAAAACUCUAUUGAACCUCUUUUUAUCAGCGUUUAUGCGAAAGAAUUCUAGACACUUAAAACCCAUUUAUUUGAUUGCAAAGUUCGAUUUAAAAGUUCGUUUUCAAUGAUUUGACCUUAAACUGGGUUUUCGUUGGUGCUAUAGAGAGUUUACUAC